UUAGGGUUUCACAGCGAAGUAGUUUCAAUUCAGAUCUCGGAAGGUUUCUUCCUCUCGAUUAGCUUAACAGAAGAUGGAAAGAAGACUCGCAACGAGAAUCAUCGCCGAAGGAUCUGGUGAUUCUGGUCAUAAACUGCAUUUCUCCUUCCAUGACCAGCCAAAUGGAGAGGGAUACUUCUACAGCGAUGCUGGCCUGAGUUUUCAGGCGGUUUCAAAUGUGAAUCAGAAUCAGAAACCGUUUCAUGUGUUUCAUGGUAUUUCAGACUACCCUAUCGGACCUUCCAUUCUUGGAUUGCCGUAUGUUACAACAUCAGAUCCUCUGGUUCAGCAAAUGCAUGCGAAUCCGUACUCGGUUCAGGGAGACAAUCUCAAGACUCCAAAGCCUGAGAUGUUCAAUGAAGAAGAUAGGGACAAUUUCAGAUCACAAGCCUCCCGCCGGGCUUUGAUGCUAUGUAAUUCAUCCUUUCCUCGUUUACCGAUUCAACCUCCUCUCAAUCAGAUAUCAGGUCACGAAAAUCAACAAGUUCCGAAUAAUUUUCAUCUCCGAGGAGAUUUUUCUGGGGUGGAGCCUCUUAGAAGUCUCCGGCCAUCUUCCUCAUCAACCGGUUCCUGGACUGUGGAGGGACUGAGGAGGAACUUGAACCUCCCCGCCUCCUUCGCUGCACUUCAGCCGCAAAAACCUGAAGUGUGCAUGGUGCCGCCGUCGAUGCCUCCAAACAUUCUGGCGCGCAUGCGACGCAAGAAGAUAAGCGACAAAACUCGGUGUCUGCAGAAGCUUUUGCCGUCGGAAAAGAAGAUGGACAUAGCCACAAUGCUGGGAGAGGCGUAUAAGUACAUCAAGUUCCUCAAGGCGCAGAUUAGCGUGCUGGAGUCGAUGCCAUGUGAGUCCAGUUUUACGUCUCAGACGCCUGCGAAUGUCAGUGCAUUUGCCGGGUUGGACAGGCUGAACCGACAACAACUGCUACAGGUUCUGAUGAACUCCCAGGUGGUUCAGACCAUGCUGUAUUCCAAGGGAUGCUGUGUUGUGUCGUUGGAGCAGCUGCUUUUACUGAAGCAGAUCGCUGAGACUAGGGUUCUACCGCAACAGGCAUUGUUUUUGGGCCAUUGAAGAGUUCAAUUCCAGGUACUUUAAUGUCAAUUUUCUUCGUCUUUUUUCUUCUCUUACUCUAAUCAAUGGACACCUUUUUUUUUUUCAGUGAUGUUUUUAGUUCUAGAACCGUGAUUGCGUAUUCCUUUCUUUUCCCUAUUAAGAUGUAAGGUGUAUGAAAAGGGUAAUCAGUUUUAGUUGCUAUGAUCUCUCUGUGUGUGAAAUCAUGAAAGUUCAUCCAACACAUCAGUGAUUUGAAAUACUGUUGCAUAUUGGUACUGUUAUCGAUCUCAAAUUUCUCUUUC